GAGGUCCGCCGUGGUGCGGCCCGGCCGCAGGGCCAGCCGAGGCGUGCGCCGCGCUCCGUGGGCUCCCGCGCUGCCUCCUCGCAGCGCGCCGGGCGCCCGGGGCUUCCGAGGGUCGGGGAGGCCGGACCGGCGCGGCCCUGCCUCUGGGACGCCUGCUGUAGGGGAAGCUUCUCUGAUGCUGACCGAGGCCAGUGCAGCAGCAGCAAGCCUCAUCAUCCUGAUCGCACCACACAGGCUGCACCCGGCAGGUGCUGGUGACUAAGCUUGGGACUGCAUGUAUGGGGAAAUCCUAGCAGACCCCAUUGCAUCAGAUCAACCCCUGAAACUAGAGAGGAAGGAAAAGGGCUGUUGGUUCUGCAUCAGUGAGAGAGUAAAACCCAGAGGGGCCACGGACUUCAGUCGUCACCGAGAUUUUUAGUUCUCUGCAUGCGCAGUUCUGUGGACAAGACGUAGACCAACAGCGCAAGAAAUCUUUUCAACAAGGUUAUGAUGAACUAAGGUGGAACCGAGCCUGCAGACACAACUUGCUUGGCCUUCAUGGUACUCACAUUUUCCAAAUGAGUGCGAGGAUGACCACAGCCACAAGACAAGAAGUGCUUGGCCUGUACCGCCGAAUCUUCAGGCUUGCGAGGCAGUGGCAGGCAGCGUCAGGGCGGGUGGAAGACACCGCGAGAGAAAAACAGUACAUCCGCCACGAAGCCAGGACGCUGUUCCGGAAAAACAAAAAUCUCACAGACACAGACCAGAUUAAGCAGUGCAUAGAUGAAUGCACAGCUAGGAUCGAAAUCGGACUGCACUACCAGAUCCCGUAUCCAAGGCCAAUUCAUCUGCCUCCAAUGGGCCUUACCUCACUACGAGGCCGGGGACUUCGAAGCCAGGAGAAACUGAGGAAACUUUCCAAACCAGUAUAUCUCAAGUCUCAUGAUGAGGUUUCCUAAUCCAGGGAAAGUUUAUUUCUCAGACGAUGAGCCAACUAGGUCUUCAAUGUAAACCAAACGGAAAAACCUUUCUCCUUGAUUGGGGCAAAAAUUCAAGUAUCUUCUUUAAAGGCGCCCAAAUAUUGGUAAUGACCUCAUGAUGUGUGCUCACAGUGUGUCAGGGCCUUGCUGUCUGCGGGGAUGACACUAAUCCUGGCGGUUGCAGACCUCACGGCCUCCCCGAGGGAGAAGACUGGAGAAUGGCAAAGCUGCUCGAGGCAAGCCCUUGCCCGGCCUGUUGGCUGACACUGAGAAGCCACCCAGUGUCUGGGUUUCUCAUGGCUGCUCACAAACAACCUACCUCCCUCAGAAUAGUGUAGGCUUUCUCUUAAGUUAUAGAUUUGCUUACAGGCGGGCUUUCCCCCCUGGCUGGCGUGGCUGGAUUGGUGUUGCCCUGUACACCCAAAGGUUGCCAAUACCAGGCAGGGCCACGUCUGGGUUGCGGACUCGAUCCCCAGUUUAUGCUCUCACAUUGAUGUUUCAUUCUCUCCUACUCCUUUCCUCUCUCUAAAAAUAAAAAAUCUUUUUUUAAAAA